AUGCUGCCAUUUGUUUUCUUUUCUGAUGGAGAGCUAAUUGUGAAGUUGGGUUCACAUGGGUGACUUGAAUUCCAGAGAGUCAGACAGUGUCACAGCUUCCUGCGGGGGAUUCCCCAUCUUUGAUGCCUUUGACUCCCAGUCCCGAGGGACACUCAUCUCCCUGGCAGCCGGGAUUGCUUACCACCUGCAGCGUGCUUUCGGAGGCGGCGGCUGGCACGGAGACCAGGCUACAUGAGAAGCUCGACAGGGCCUGGGAUCGGGUUCCUUUCCCCAGCAGUGGGCACACUGUUCCGGGUCCCGGGAGGGGUGUCUGGCGAGGAGUCCCACCAUUCGGAGUCCAGAACUAGACAGUGUGGCUUUGACCCGAGAGGCCUCUUGGUUGGGAGCCCUGUUUCCAAGAGCACAGCAGCCCCUGCUGUGAGAGGAACCUCAGCACACUUUGGGAUUCAGCUCAGAGGUGGCACCAGAUUGCCUGACAGACUAAGCAGGCCAUGUAGCCCUGGGAAUGCUGGGUGGCAGCAAGAGUUUUCAGCCAUGAACAGUUCUGGGACCCCGGACGCCAGCUGGGACGCAGCCUACAGUGAGGGAGCAAGCAGUACCCAGGCAGCAGGCUCUCUGCCAUCAGCGGAGUUGAGUAGCUGCAGCCCUGGCUGUGGCCCUGAGGCCCCCGCAGCCCCUCCUGUCUCUCACAGUGCCUUUGCCUCAAGCUUUAGCUUUAUUCGGCUCUCACUUGGUUCUGCCGGGGAACGUGGAGAAGCAGAAGGCUGCCCACCAUCCAGAGAGACCGAGUCCCCUUGCCAGAGCACCCGGGAAAUGGGAGCCAAAGCUGCCAGCUUGAACGAGCCUCACGAAGACCCUCGAUGUCUCCCUCGGCCCUUCAGUCUCUUGGCUCCACGGGUCUUGGCAGACUCGGCGCAGGCCGCAGGGAACAGCUCCAGGCCAGAACGUGAGAUGCAUUCUUUACGGGAUGUGGAUCUUGGCUCCUCCAGUUCUCUGGAUCCCUCAUUGGCUGGCUGUGGUGGUGAUGGGAGCAGCGACUUGGGGGAUGCCCACUCUUGGGACGCCCUGCUCAGGAAAUGGGAGCCAGCGCUGCAGGACUGCCUGCUGAGAAACCGAAGGCAGGUGAAGGUAAUAUCCUUAAGAUUAAAGCUUCAGAAACUUCAAGAAGAUGCAGUUGAGGAUGAUGAUUAUGAUAAAGCUGAGAUGUUAAAACAAAGAUUAGAAGACCUGGAACAAGAGACAAUCAGCCUGCACUUUCAGCUUCCUUCAAGGCAGCCAGCUCUAAGCAGCUUCCUGGGUCACCUGGCAGCACAAGUCCAGGCUGCCUUGCGCCAUGGGGCCACUGAGCAGGCCAGCGGAGAUGACACCCAGGCCCCACUCAGAAUGGAGCCCAGGCUGUUGGAACCCACUGCUCAGGACAACUUGCACGUGUCCAUCACGAGACGAGAUUGGCUUCUUCAAGAAAAGCAGCAAUUACAGAAAGAAAUUGAAGCUCUCCAAGCAAGGAUGUCUGUGCUGGAAGCCAAAGAUCAACAGCUGAGAAAGGAAAUUGAGGAGCAAGAGCAGCAACUCCGGUGGCAGGGCUGUGACCUGACCCCGCUGGUGGGCCGGCUGCCCCUGGGUCAGCUGCAGGAGGUCAGCAAGGCCUUGCGGGACACCCUGGCCUCAGCCGGUCAGAUUCCCUUCCAUGCAGAGCCACCAGAAACCAUAAGGAGCCUCCAGGAAAGAAUAAAAUCCCUCAACUUGUCACUUCAGGAAAUCACUACCAAGGUGUGUAUGAGUGAGAAAUUCUGCAGCACCCUGAGAAAGAAAGUUAACGAUAUUGAAACCCAGCUACCAGCCUUGCUUGAAGCCAAAAUGCAUGCCAUAUCAGGAAACCAUUUCUGUACAGCUAAGGACCUCACCGAGGAGAUUAGAUCAUUAACAUCAGAGAGAGAAGGGCUGGAGGGACUCCUCAGCAAGCUGUUGGUGUUGAGUUCCAGAAAUGUCAAAAAGCUGGGAAGUGUUAAAGAAGAUUACGACAGACUGAGAAGAGAACUGGAGCACCAGGAGACCGCCUAUGAAACAAGUGUGAAGGAAAACACUGUGAAGUACAUGGAAACACUUGAGGAUAAGCUGUGCAGCUGCAAGUGUCCACUGCUUGGAAAAGUGUGGGAAGCUGACUUGGAAGCUUGUCGAUUGCUUAUCCAGAGCCUACAACUCCAGGAAGCCAGGGGCAGCCUGUCUGUAGAAGAUGAAGGGCAGAUGGAUGACCUAGUGGGAGCUGUCUGUUCAGCGGCUCCUCCCAUUCCCCCUAGGCUCCACUCCGAGGAUGAGAGGAAGACCCCUUUGCAGGCACUGGAAGAAUGGAAGACUCACCUGAUCCCCUCUCUGCACUGGGCUGGAGGCGAACAGAAAGAGGUCUGUCCUUUCCACAUGGCCUCCAGAGGGGACCCCUAUUCUAAGGGGUGCUUUGGGACCAUGCCCCAAAUGGGAACAAUAAAUAUUGGGAGGGCUUCCCAUUGAGCCAUAUAAACUUUUAAAAGUUUCGCUAACUCUUGAAUAUGAUUACAAAAUAAUGUAGAAUUUUUGUAGAAGUUUGAAAUACAGAAGAGCAAAAAAUCCCAGCUUUUGGCAUAUUUAGUUCCAUUCUCAUUCUAAUUUAGUGGCUAGAAUUAGAAUAUGCAGUCUAAUAUAGAAUUACCAUAUAUAGCAUAUAUUAUAUAUGUCAUAUAUAUAACAUAGUUAUAUACAUUAUAGAUUAUAUAUGCCAUACAUGACAUUUAAUAUAUAUACUAUAAAUUAUAUAUCAUGUGCCAUAUAUAUUUAAUUAUAUAUUUAGAAUCUAUAUAUUACAAUAUAUUGUUACUGUAUUUAUUUGAAUGAAACGUUCAAAUAUAUGUAUAUAUCCCAUUAUUUCUUUUUGCCAAAACCAGAUCAUAAUGAAUGCUUAUAAUGUUCUUCUUUCAUAUACACAACUAAAGUUUGGCCUGAGAUCUAUGUGUUACAAAUUAAAAUAUUAUUUUAUUUAA